UUAAAAGAAAUAGGAGGGGCUUGCGAGAGACUAGAAAUGUCAAUCAGAGCCCGGAGUCCCAAUAAUCUCAGGCAAUCUGUUAGGACCUGACCCGGGUCCACUCAGAUCAAUAGGAAAAGUGCGAGAAGAAAGAAGCGCUCGGCUCGCUUACCGCGGCGGCCGGAGCAGGAGGGACCCCGCGGCACCCCCGGCCGCCCCCCCGAUGCCUGCCGGAGCCCGCGGCCGCCGCUGAAAGUGCGGCCGGGCGGCGAGGGCGAGCGCCGCGGCUCCCCGCUCCGCUGCUCCUUUCUUCCCUUUCUCUUCCUUUUUCCUUUCUUCCCCCCCCCCCCCCCCCCUCCCCCCCUUCUCCCCCUGCCCCCGCUGCCCCCCGCCAUGGCUUUCCCCCAGCUGGGCUACCAGUACAUCAGGCCCAUUUACCCCGCCGAGCGCCCGGGGAGCGGCGGCGGCGGCGGCUCCCGGGGCGGCGCGGAGCUGGCCCCGUCCGGGCCCCUCUCCAACGUGCUCUCCUCCAUGUACGGCUCGCCCUACGCCGCCGCCGCCGCCGCCCAGGGCUACGGAGCCUUCCUGCCCUACGCCGCCGAGCUGCCCAUCUUCCCCCAGCUGGGCGCCCAGUACGAGCUGAAGGAGAGCCCGGGGGUGCAGCACGCCGCCUUCCCCCCCCCCCACCACCCCGCCUUCUACCCCUACGGGCAGUACCAGUUCGGGGACCCGUCGAGGCCCAAGAACGCCACCCGGGAGAGCACCAGCACCCUCAAGGCCUGGCUCAACGAGCACCGCAAGAACCCCUACCCCACCAAGGGCGAGAAGAUCAUGCUGGCCAUCAUCACCAAGAUGACCCUCACCCAGGUCUCCACCUGGUUCGCCAACGCGCGGCGGAGGCUCAAGAAGGAAAACAAGAUGACCUGGGCCCCCCGCAGCAGGACCGACGAGGAGGGCAACUCCUACGGCAGCGACCACGAGGGGGAAGAGGACAAGAGGGAGGACGAGGAGGAGAUCGACCUGGAGAACAUCGACACCGAGAACAUCGAGAGCACCAAGGACGAGCUGGAGGACGAGCUGCAGGACGCCGACCUCCUGCACUCCGACUCCAAGACGGACUCGGAGGGCUCCGAGGGCUUCGAGGACCUGCCCGCCCCCGAGGAGCGCUACCUCGAGGCCGCCGACGGGGAGCCGCACCGCCUCCGCCACCACCACCUCCGCCACCACCACCACCACCACCAUCACCACCACCACCACAAGUGCGAGCUCCCCGCCGCCCCCCCGCCGCCCGCGGGCCUGGAGCCCCUGCAGCCUCCCCUCCGGCCUCCCCUCCAGCCACCGCCGCGCCUCCACUCGCCCCCGUCCUCCGCCUCGUCCUCCGCCGCCUCCUCCCCGACGGACGGCGCUUUGGCCGGCACCGUGCCCAAGCCCAAAAUCUGGUCCCUGGCCGAGACGGCCACCAGCCCGGACAACCCCCGCAAGUCCCCCGGGGGGGGCUCCCCGCCGGCCGCCGCCCCCCAGCCGCUGCCUCUGCCCCCCCCGCCGCCCCCGCCGCACAGACUCGUUCCCUCCUGCCCCUUGGGCAAAUUCCCCAACUGGACCAACCGCGCCUUCCCGAGCCACCACCACCACCACCCGCCCCCGGCCCCGCACCCCCUGGCCUUACUGAACACUCCCCACCUGCUGGGGCUGGGGGCUGCCCCCGCCGCCCCCCCGGGCGCCGCCGCUUUCCCGCGAGCCGCGGACCAGGCGCAGAGCGCGGAGCCCCCCGGAGCAGGUGACCGCUGA